AUGCCUUCCCGAGCCGGAAGCUACUGCUCUUCUGCGCUGGCUGUGUUUGAUAGUUAUUGUCAUCUCUCACCGCAGGCUGCACCUACGCAGACGGCAAUGUUCCCACCGGCUGAGAAUAGACCGCUGUUUUCGAGUGAGUUUGAAACCACCACCACGACUGAGGUUUUGACCGUGGGGCUCACGACAGGCGAAGUAGAUACUAGUGAAAGUGUGACGGCCGCUUCUUCGUAUGAGGCGAGGGUCACGGGUGGUGGUGGUGGAGAGGGAGUUUGUUGGUGCAGCAGAGACCGGGGCCGGGGACGGUUUUGUCAAGUCCAAGUAGGACGCAGCUUGCUCCCCUAUUCCUUCGGCUAG